CAGCUCUGUCAAUCAAAGGGUGACUCUUGUCCGUCAGGCGCCCCAGGGCCCCCAGGUCCAUCAGGACCGAGGGGAGAGAAAGGAGACCGAGGAAGAAGAGGAAAGAAAGGAGAUAGAGGGAUUAUGGGAUUCCCAGGAAAAAGCGGCAAGCAAGGCAAAAUGGGAACUGUAGGGCCAAAAGGCCAAGCUGGACAAAAAGGACAAAAGGGAGGCACAGGGUUCACCGGCGUGCCAGGAGCCAAAGGAGAUAGAGGCAUUAUAGGACCACCAGGAAACAGCAUCAAAGGACCUGUAGGACCAAAAGGCGAUGUUGGACCAAAAGGACAAAAAGGAGAGACAGGGUUCACCGGUGUGCCAGGAGCCAAAGGAGAUAGAGGCAUUAUAGGACCACCAGGAAAGAGCAUCAUGGGACCUGUAGGACCAAAAGGCGAUGUUGGACCAAAAGGACAAAAAGGAGAGACAGGGUUCACCGGUGUGCCAGGAGCCAAAGGAGAUAGAGGUAUGAUAGGACCACCAGGAAAGAGCGGACGAAAGGGGAUCACAGGACCUAUAGGGCCAAAAGGCGAUGCUGGAAUCAAGGGGCAAAAAGGAGACACAGGGUCCGCUGGCAUGCCGGGAACCAAAGGAGAGCCUGGUCAAACGACGACUAUUGUCGUGAGUGAGUGACAAAUGAAUAUAAGACUAUCAAUAUCGACUUCCCUCUUUUACAACUAUAAAUCUUCCUUUUCGAUACCACUUUUUGCCAAAAAAAUUUUGCGUCAUCCAUGUUUUGCGUCAUCCAUAUCUCGGUGAACAUUCGGAAGUCAGCCAAGCGCGGUCAUUGCACGCGUGCUGAACAUGCAAGAAUGCUGUAUAAUGACAGACUAGAAACAUCAAUAGACAACUCCCAAAGCACAAACUCAGGCAAAACGCUAAAAAUCUUCAAUGUUUACUCAAGUUUGGGCUUAUAGAAGAUAAUGUCACAAUUUUUCAAUGACCAUGAAAUUCAGAGUCCGGGUAGUUAGUUAAUCAAUUGUGGCCCUGAAAAAAAUUGAAGGAAAAAGAACUACGAAUUUUUAAGAAAAUGUUUUUUUCGUUAGAAGGACUCUUAAACGCUGACAAACGUCAACAAAUAGCGAAAACUAUAAUUUCUAUAUGUUUGCUUUGCUUGAAAUCGCGCGCAUUUACAAGGCCCUAAAGCGUUUUGCUGACUUGCUAGGACCCAUCUGUUAUAACGAUGCCCAAAAUAAAGGGAUGAAUCUCGUAGUUUAUUAGAUAUAAUCGUGUAAAGUUUGCUUAUCAUUUUUGCAUAAAUUAUAACCUAAAUUUGGAAACCGCUGAAUUUCUCGAAUUGGGUCUUUGCGAUUUUGGCUAAACUCUGUUCAGCGCAAGGCACUAAUGCGCACUAUGUGUAGCCGAGAGAUUUUCACAAAAAAAUGCCGGCAACAGCAGAUUUUCGACUCAGACAUCAAAGGGGCGUGGCAUUAUAACCACGUGACAUUUACUCCGAUCGCCGAAAAUUUUAUGUUAUAUUGUAGAUUGAUCUAUAUGUUAUCCAUUCUAUGUGUUAGACUUACGAUAAAAGUAAAGGUGGGGAUACCAGAGAGCUUCAAAGUAGGAUGGUACCCCCCCAAAAAACUGGGUCGAGUCACCUUAAAACGAUAGCAACGAUAAAAGAGCGGUUUACUUUUUUCUCUUUUGUUAUACAACAAAAAAUAACCUUUUAGCCGUUUCAUUUCAGAAAAUUUUGCUAGUAAUUGUUUAUUUCUUCACAAUUUGAAUUCAAAAAGGCACGAAUAAAUCUUUCGGAACCGCGAAGAUGCAUAAACGGAAAGCGACAUUCCGUCCACUUCGUGCCAACCGGAAUGAAGGGACCACCUCAGAAUUUGAAACUUUGCACCAUUCCUUAUCUUUUUCGUCUGAGUCUUGCAAAUUUGCGACGCAAAUUUUGAUGAUGUCAAUCGUGCGCCUCGCUACUCAAUAUACCAUAUUUCAAGCAAUAUUCAUGCAUGAUUAUCGAUGCAAAUUUUCGUUUAUUUUUGUUUGAGAACAAGAAAGUACAACAAAAAGUCCCAUAGUUUUAUGGUGGCACAUAUUUAAUAGUUGACACCUUUAACGAAUCGUUUUCACGCGCUAGAUCCCUAAAUACUAGAACAUUAUCUUUUUGUCGAAGACUAGACUCUUUUUCGAGUGAAAAUACACAUUUUUAGCUUGUAGAAAUUGUCUUUAUUAUUUCAGAUCGAGAUUGUUUAACAUUACUAAAGUCAGGCUAUGCUCAGAGUGGAGUGUACUCUGUGAACCCGGACGGUAAGGGAUCCUUCAAUGUAUAUUGUGACAUGCGCACUGAUGGUGGAGGAUGGGCCGUGUUCCAGAGAAGACAAGAUGGCUCGGUAGACUUCUAUCGCGGAUGGAACGAUUACAAAUCAGGCUUUGGUCAGCUGACGGCUGAGUUCUGGUUAGGAAACGACAAGAUCCAUAGACUGACGGCAGCUAGACCCAGUACUUUGCGAGUAGAGCUCGAAGACUGGAAUGGAGUAAAAGAAUACGCCAAAUAUGGCAAGUUUAACGUUAGUGAUGAGCAAGCGCGUUAUCGACUCGAAGUGGGUUCAUAUUCAGGGACGGCGGGAGAUUCGUUAGCAUAUCAUAAUAACAUGGCGUUUAGCACAAAAGACAGAGAUAAUGACUUAUGUCUCUAUACUUGUAACUGUGCUGUGUCUUACACUGGUGCCUGGUGGUACGGGGGUUGCUUCAAAUCUAAUCUAAACGGAAAAUACCUUAGAAAGAAUCUUUUUUACGGAACAGGUGUCGAGUGGGCCGGGAAGCGCUUGCUAUCCUAUUCGCUAAAAUUCACUGAGUUGAAACUUAGGCCGUCAUUAUAA